UAUGACUGCAUCAGACCCUGUUUCUCAGGUUGGCGCGCAGGAAGAGCCUACGCGCUCUCGUUCCCGCCAGAAAUCCUACCCCAGAUCCAUCCCGAGAUUUCAAGCGAGCUUACGCGACAGACUGCCGUUUUCCGCUAAGAGUGACGUCUUACGGUCGUCCUCUUUAGCGUCCGAGUCUCGUCCUUUGAGCGGAGAAUAUCACAAUCCGAAACAUAAUGGACAUCGGAAAUCAUUCUCCUCACAACCACCGCAAUCGCCCCAAUCACCCCAAUCACCCCCUAUAACACCGACAACCUCGACAGCUCCCGUUCAGGGUGCGGUGGAAAAAAAGGUUCUGCUUGUUGAAAGUGAUUGCUAUGACAAGCUUGGAUUCAGCUUCCCGCGAUGGAAAAAGUGGACAAUCCUCAGCGUCGUCUUUUUCGUGCAAUUAUCAAUGAACUUCAACACUAGUAUCUACUCCAAUGCCAUCACGCCCUUAGCUCUCCAUUUCUCUAUUUCCGAGCAAGCUGCUAGAGUAGGCCAGAUGAUUUUCCUUGUUGCCUACGCGUUUGGGAGUGAGCUGUGGGCCCCUUGGAGUGAGGAGCUUGGUCGGUAUCCAGUCAUGCAGCUUAGUUUGUCUCUGGUUAAUCUAUGGCAAAUACCCUGCGCGUUGGCUCAGAAUUACCACACCAUUGUGAUUGGGCGCUUUUUCGGCGGUUUAUCCUCUGCUGGUGGUUCUGUUACACUGGGGAUGAUUGCCGACAUGUGGGAGCCCGAUGACCAACAGUUUGCUGUCGCUUUCAUUGUACUUUCGUCUGUUGCGGGGUCUGUCAUAGCGCCCAUCGUCGGGGGCUUCAUGGAGUUUUACCUUGAUUGGAGAUGGAACUUUUGGGGCCAGCUCAUCUUUGGAGCAGCUACUCAACUCGCUCACUUGUUGUUCGUGCCAGAAACAAGGACUACUAUCCUGUUAGACAGAGAAGCUAAACGGCGACGUCGGGCGGGAGAGACAAAUAUUUACGGCCCUAGCGAGAUCGAUGGGGCGGGAAUUACUAUGAGAGAUGUGGCGAUAAUCUGGGCCCGACCGUUUAGUAUGUUUGUACGCGAGCCCAUCGUGUUUUGUUUGUCGCUUCUCAGCGGCUUUAGCGAUGCCUUGAUUUUCACCUUCCUCGACUCGUAUGAUUUUGUGUACGCCCAAUGGGGAUUCAGCCUCAUACAAAUUGGUCUAGCUUUUAUACCUAUCCUCAUUGGAUACUUCAUUGGUUAUAUCAGCUUUCUCCCCGUCAUGAUAAAGCACCGAAAGAUUCACAGAAGAAAUCCAAAUACCCUUGAACCGGAAUCAAGGUUAUGGUGGUUGUUAUUCACGGCCCCUCUUGAAACUAUAGGCUUAUUCGGAUUUGCAUGGACAAGUUUAGGUCCUCCUCAAGUACAUUGGAUUGCUCCCAUGAUAUUUUCCCUAUUGAUUGCGGUUGCAAAUUACUGCAUCUACAUGGCGACAAUUGACUACAUGGUCGCAAGCUAUGGACCGUAUUCAGCGUCUGCGACGGGUGGUAAUGCACUCGCAAGGGAUUUCCUUGCGGGGAUUGCAGCGAUGUAUUCAACCCCGUUGUACGAAUCAAUCGGCAACAAGUAUCAACUUGAAUGGCCUUCGACCAUUCUCGCCAUUGUCUCAUUUAUUGUCACCGUUCCAAUUUACGUAUUUUACUGGAAAGGCCCCAUAAUCCGAGAGAAAUCCAAAUUCGCAAAAACUCUAGCAACCGACAGGAAGGCUCGGAACAUUCGCCAGAUGGGCGAAAAAAAUAGGUCAAAUAUGGGACAGACGAGUGAAAGCCAGCUCAGCCAGUCAAGCGGACUGAUCUAUGGGGUAAACAGCAAACAUGGUAUUCAUUAAUAAUCGGCGUUUUUUGAAAUGGAUUUCUGUUGGAGAGCUUAGAGAAUCUUGCUCUCUGGAAUGGUACAUCGUGGUAUUCGGUAGGUGAUAUUUUUUUCGGGGUUUUUUGUCCAUGGCGUUUGCACCCGCAUAAACAUUAUUACCCCUAUAUGGUUCGAUGUUAAUCACGGCGAACGUGUGGUGGCCUGCUUGAUUGAUUGAUUCUUUUAUUAUUCUUUAUGAUGGGCGUUUGGGUAAAGGUGAACAUAACUACCGUGUGAUAUACCUUACGUAUAGUCAUUACUCUGCAUAAUUUU